AAAUUUGUCCUGCAGCUAUUGUACAUAACUAUUGUGUUGCAGUUCUUUAUCAGUCAACAAUGGCUCUCUGUGAAGACCAUCCCAUCCAUGUCCUGAGACAACCCCAUCGGAGAGAUACUACAUUUGGAGCAGCGGCUCGUGCAUGGACAGCUAACACCUGUACGCUUCUGAAUAUGAGUCAGUAAAAUAUCCAGAAGGAAAUAAAAGGUGUACAGCUCCCAAGAUCGAUGAGCAGUACCAAUCCCCCUUCCGCGACCAGCCAUGUUGCCCUCACACGCCAUCUGCUGGAGCAUGGAUGCGGGCACUCUGAAUGGCAGUCCAGAUGCAGAGGAACUGACUCCAUGAGUUUAAAAAAGGGGCUUCUUCAGGUGAGGGUGCUCAUCAUCAUCAUCAUCUGCCCUGGCCCUGGGGUCACAGUGCUCGGCUCAAUUGCGGCAUGUGCAACAUGUACUAGUAUAAUCUGGGGACCCGGGAAUCGAAUUACAAAACUUGGGGGUUAUUGAUUGGUUUGGAUAGUAUUCUGUUCUGCUUCGCGUAGGCCAGCGCUGCGCCACCGGCUCUCCAGAUUUGGUUAGAUCUCAUCCCUUUGUUUUUCUUGCUGUACUUUGUACUUUACAUUGCCUCCUUUUCUUGGGGUUCUAUUCUACUCCGUGGGACGGCCCCUCGCUAACCACCCAUGUAUAUAUAAAACCGCUGCUUCCUGUUGCCACCUUGCCCAGCUAAGCCACUUACUUGUCAAUCUCCCAAAUCAACAGGCAUCAGCUUCUUCAUCCCCUUCUGCCGCCUCUGCCCGAUGUCGACGACGGUGCAGGAGCCGCCGCACGUCCUGGCCGUGGACGACAGCCUCGUCGACCGCGUCGUCAUCUCCAGGCUCCUCCGCAGCUCCAAGUACAGAGUGACGACGGUGGACAGCGGGAAGAAGGCGCUGGAGGUGCUGAGCCUGGGCCACGAGAGCGUGCAGCUGAUCAUCACGGACUACUGCAUGCCGGAGAUGACCGGCUACGACCUGCUCAAGCGGGUCAAGGAGUCGGCGGAGCUGCGCGGCAUCCCGGUGGUGAUCAUGUCGUCGGAGAACUCCCCCACCAGGAUCCGCCGGUGCCUCGACGAGGGCGCGGAGGAGUUCCUCAUCAAGCCCGUGCGCCCCUCCGACGUCUCCCGCCUCUGCAACCGGGCCAUCGCCGCCAUGCCCAUGCGGUAGCAACGGUCGGUCACGGCGCCGGCGUGUGCCGUGCUGCUCAUCGGUGCCAGUCUGCUAGCUUGCUAAUCCAGUCCUCCUCCCCCCUCUGUUGAGUUCUCACUGACGAGAUAAUCCCAUGUACAUGCGUGAUGCGUGUGCUGGUUGCAUGGUGAAAUCAAAACUGAAUGAAUUCCAUGGCAACCCACGGAAUGUAUGUAUUCCAACUUACCAAGGUAUGAAAUCCACAACUAAUGGUGAAACAAUAAAGCGUUAGGCCAACAAAUGGAAA